AUGCCCUACGCGCGCAAAAGAUCCCAUCAUGGCCGUCGAGGUGAGCGGAUCGCGCUCCUAUGCGGCCUACUUGCCCAGCCGGACACUGCGACUGACUUAAUUUCCCCUCCUGCCUCCUGGAACUGCUCAGACAUUCAAAGAGCCAUGCGCACUCGUGCGCGCAAGCUAGAUGCCGAUCAAAUCAGCGACAAUUUGCGCUCGAGCGAGAAGACGGCAGCUUUGCUGAAUCCGAGCAAUUUGGAUGUGGACAAACCUGGUCUCGGAUUGUUCUACUGCAUCCAAUGCGAUCGUCAUUUCCCUACCGACAAAGAUCGAGAAUCGCAUCUCGCAAGUAAACUGCACAAACGCAGCGCCAAGAGGGCGGCGGAAGAGGCGCACACGGUCGCAGCGACCGGGCUGUCAGUCGGAGUGGGAGUAGACAACAAACAACGCUCGGCUCCUUCGGUGAAGGCGUCUGUCCAAACCGACCAAAUGGCGACGUAAAACCAGACAAGGAACAACCUGGGCUCACCUGAUAGAGCAGCGCAGGCAAGCCUUCCGUUGAGGCUGACGUCUAAUGCUAACGCGUCUCGGUGCCCCCAGCAAGGCCAGCUUUGGUCUAGAGGCGAAAGUGAAUCUUUUGGACUUUGAGAGACGGCUUUCGCCUCCUAGCCGGCCCCACAAGCGCUUGGCUGGUAUUCGUGAUCUUCUAGAACAGACGCGCGCUUUGGCCUCGUCGCAGUUGCAUGCGACGCACGGCCCCCCACUUGGCAUUAGCCUCAUCCUCCCGAUUACUCACUCGGACGUGCAAUCUGCUCGCGGUCAGGAGGUGGUACACGCGAUGCCCAGCUUGUUGAGGUCCACUUGA